CAAACAAUUCUCAAAAACACAAAAAAAAGUUUCAUAAAAUCAUUCUCUGAAGAAAAAGAUGAGUUCUACUAGCAAAGCAUGGACUGUUGCAGUAAGCAUUGGAGCCGUUGAGGCAUUAAAAGACCAACUAGGUCUUUGUCGUUGGAACUAUAUACACUUGUCUGUGAAUCAUCAUCUCAAGAACAACGUUAGAUCUGUUUCUCAAGGGAAAAGGCUUUCGUCUUCUGUCUCUGCUGCUGCUGUUAUCUCUUCUGGUGAGAUUGAGAAGGUCAAGAAAGCUGAAGAACCGCUUAGAACUGUCAUGUACUUGAGCUGUUGCCUGUUGGGGCCCUAACUAAAUUUGUGUACAAUAUAUAGUUUUCAUACUUCUAUAUAAAUUCAUUGAAUCAACUUAGAAUGGAAAUGAUCUUGUAAAAGAAACAUUACAAGAAAUCUAAAAGAAAAUCAA